GGGCCGACCUGCUGAAGCUGAGCAGGGACGACGUGAUCCAGAUCUGCGGCCCCGCCGACGGGAUCCGGCUCUUCAACGCCCUCAAGGGCAGGCAGGUGCGGCCCCGCCUGACUCUCUACGUGUGCCAGGAGUCGGGGCAGGGGAGGGACCCCCGGACAGAGCCCGAGGAGGGGGACGGAGCCGGAACCUUCUUCGUGUACCACGCGCUGUACCUGGAGGAGCUGACGGCGGCCGAGCUCUCGGAGAAGUUGGCUCACCUGUUCCGUGUCUCCGCCCACCAGAUCCAGCAGAUCCACAAACAGGGACCCACCGGGAUCCACGUCCUGGUCAGCGACGAG